GUGCAGUCACGUUAAACCGUACAGAAACACGAUUUAAUGAAAUGAUAAUGUAGAAAUAAUAUAAAUUUUUAUAAAACCGCCAAUGUUACGCAAGUGGGAGCAAGUUUACGGGCCGUUCGUGCCCGCGCACUGAAGGGGUGGGUGGACGCGCGCUCCCGAGACACCAGGAAACAUGGCGGCGCUCAUGACUCUCAGCCAGUUAUCGAGUGGCAACCCAGCCUACGAGAGCUACUACAGACAGUUGGAUCCAUUGAUCAGUGGCAAGAUAUCGGCUGGGGAUGCAGCUCAGUUCCUGAAAAAGUCGGGGCUGUCAGACAUCACACUCGGAAAGAUAUGGGAUUUGGCUGACUCAGAGCGAAAAGGCUAUUUGGACAAGCGGGGUUUCUUCAUCGCCUUGAGACUGGUUGCCUCGGCGCAGUCAGGGCAUGACAUUAGCAUCAGCAACCUCAGCCAAACGGUGCCACCUCCUAAAUUUCGAGACACGAGCAGCCCAUUAUCAAGCACUCCAGCGCCAGACUCGCAUUGGGCCAUAAGGCCAGACGAAAAAGGGAAAUUCGAGGGUAUUUUUGAGAGUCUGACCCCCGUUAAUGGCCUCCUCUCCGGUGAUAAAGUCAAGCCCGUCUUGAUCAACUCCAAACUACCUCUGGAUCUGUUGGGGAAGAUUUGGGAUCUGGGCGACGCAGACAAAGAUGGCUACUUGGACAAAGAGGAAUUCAUUGUGGUCAUGCAUUUUGUGUACCGAGCCAUGGAAAAGGAGCCGGUACCGGCCGUCCUGCCUGCAUCCCUCAUCCCACCCUCCAAAAGGAAAAAGGUGGCGGGCACGAUACCCGGCGCUGUGGCCGUGCUGCCCUCCAGGUCCGCGUCUUUUGCUCUCAAGGACAGCACGAGAAGCAUCUCUCCCCUCGCUGGCGCCUCUCCUCUCGCCAGCGCCUCUCCCGUCACCAGGCCAAUGGCCAAGCUAACCCCGCUACACUCCUCUAAAACCAGCAAACAGCCGGAGCAGCCAUGGGUGGUGCCGGUGGCUGACAGGGAGCGAUACAGCGACAUCUUCAAGAAAACCGACACAGAUCAUGACGGACUUGUCGAUGGAACUCAAGUCAUCGAGAUCUUCAUGCACUCCAGCCUCUCCCAGACCAUGCUGGCCCAAAUCUGGGGCCUGGCCGACACCAAACAGACGGGCAAGCUGAGCCAAGAGCAGUUCUGCCUGGCCAUGCAUUUGAUCCAGCAGAAGAUCACCAAAGGCAUCGACCCGCCAACCGAUCUGACGCCGGACAUGAUUCCCCCCUCAGAGCGGACGACAAGUACGCCUCCCUUCUACUCUCCCAGCAAUGCACUUCGGAGUGUGUGGUUCCACGGUUCCAGCAGAAGGAAUUAACAGAUCGAGUUGAUUUGACCUAAGAGAUUAUGCUUCUUUUGGAUCCGUGUCACAACAUGACACAGACCACUCACCUCGGUAGUAGUCCGGCUGCAGAUAUUUUUGGUUCACAUGGGGCCGGUUACGUAAGGAUCCCAAUUCAAUUAGGGAGGAAACUCAGCUAACUGCUUUGUAUUGUUUUAAUCAAAGGUUCUGCCUUGAGAAAUUUGUGUCUAACCUAAUUUGACCUUAAAUUGAAAAAUAAAGUAAAGAUAUGUUCAAAUCUAAUGCAAGGAAAGUGCUUUAAAUUAUUUCCCAAUAAAUUCUCAGUAGCUCAAAACUCAGGUUUUAUACUUUCCCAUUCCAGCAGUCUUGCUUGUCUUUAUUACAGGAAAAGAGCCUUCAGAUCCUUUUUUCUUUUUUCUUUUUUUUUUUCGAUCAAACAUCUUUUACCAAAUUAGAGGGACUCUUUCGAAGGCGUAACAAGUUAUAAGAAUGACGUAGGAUUUUCUAAAUUCAUUUGGUAAAUAACAUUUACUAUGUUCUUCACUUAUUAAACUUUGACUUCAAUACAAUAACUUUUAUUAGUCCCACAACGGGGAUAUUUGCGGUAGUAAAAAUGUUGUAUAAUAGUAUUAAAUACGUACUUACAAGUAAUUUGCAGUAAUUUAAUAACGGAAUAAUAUGACUUUGUCCUCGUAUGAAAAAAAAACCUUUAUUCUCGGGUCAUCGUGGUUGUUACAGUGUACUGGUUGUAGAAUUAUAAAGGGGUCCUUAGAAAUUUCUCUGGCCCCAAAAUGUUUGAGAACUACGUAUGACCUACUAAAAUCAGUUAUUGAAAAUGUGUCCUUUGUUGCCCUCUAUCGGAAGUUUUAAAUCAUUAUCAUUUGGGGGUUGCACUCGAAGUCGAUUGACGUCACUUAAUAUUCAAGUUGAUUCAAAUUGAGGCAAUUGAUGACUAUCAUAUUGUCUUUUCUCUAUUUUUCUGAGUACUCCCAAAUGAUUGUGGUGAGUUUCAAAAUAAGCAGUACUACGGAGGAGUAUCAGAGCUGCAAAUAAAAUAAAAUAAAUCAUACUAUAUUUUAAAUAGAUACUAUGAAAAUAUGAUAUAGAAAUACCCCUUUUCAAACUGCUAAAACAAAUCUCCAUAAUUAUUUUAGCAGUCCAAUUCAGAAAGUGCAACUCAUCCAGAUGUAUUCAAAUUACUAACUGAUCAAUCAAGGUCUAACCAGAUGGGGGCGCUCUCUGCAGCAGACACCAUUGGAACUUUUGCAAACUACAUUUUGUACUUUCCUCUUUCAUUGAAAAUGUUUUGUGCUUGUUCGUUUCCGGUACCUUGCGGUGAAAAGAAAUCUGAGUUCUGUUUUUGAAAUAGAAGCGUGGGAUCAGGUUCUUUCUGUCAGAUAGUUGAAUCUUGAAGUGAACAGGCAUGCUUGGACAGGAAUGGACGGACUGAGGUGUGCAUCAUAGGGAGUGACCUGGAGAAAA